CAGUCAUGCUAUCCUGGUGAGGCGUUAACCGUAGAAGAAGAACGCAGCAGCUAACUUGUUAGCAUGUCUCGUUUUUUGCGGAAUUAGCGACGAUUAAAACCUAUUGGUUCGAUAUUUUGCAUUAUGCGUUAAUAUAUAUGUAUAUAUUUUGCAACCAACAUACCGGUAAACAUGGAGGCUCUGGUCGGAUACAGCGGGUCGUCGUCGGAGUGUGACGGUGACGAGGAGUCAUCUGUCUGCAAGAAUGAUGGCGGAAGGGACCUCCUCCACGGGGCAGCACCCGACUCAAAGACGAGGAACUUCUUACUGGAGCCCGCGUCCAGUGAGUCCGAUCAGUCCGACCACGAGGGUCCACUCCCGGCGCCACCCAAACCCCGUCCGGCCGCUUCACCCCCCGCGUACAAGUUGCCCCCGCCUCGCCUGCAAGCCUGCACGGAGAGCAGCGUGUUCGCCAACCCCUUCAAGGCGCAGGCGGAGCGGAAGCUGAGCGCCCUGCAGAAACACGUGCCGCUCACCGUGCACGCCAAGCCCUCGCAGAUCGGCGGCAAGAGGAUCUGUGCCAAUUACAGGAAGGACGGACGAUGCCGAUUCGGCAUCAAGUGCAAGUUCGCGCACGACAGCGAUCUUCAGACGGCGGCCGUCGCCCCCGGCGACCGCCGUCCGGCCGAGGGCGGGCCGGGCGUCUCAGACGAGCCUCGGAGAGAGGCGGCGCCGGAAGUGUUAGAAAGUCGGCGGGGCAAGAAGAGGAGGGUGGGCGUGAGCGACACACUGAUCCCGCCCAAACAAGCCAUGAAGCAGUACAAAAUGCUGAGGGGCAAAGAAAAACUCAACAUGUACUGAGAAAUAAAUACUGUUAGGACUUUUAUUUACAGCUGAUGACUAAACAUGUCCUGUACUAAAUAUGUACAGUACAAGAUAUUACUACUACUGACAUCCUUCACUCUAUAUAUUCAUCAUUAUAUACACAGCAGUACUCCUCUCUCGUUAAUUGGUUCCGGACAUGACCGGGAUCAACCUUUCUUUUGCAAAGUAAGAAUCAAACAUUUUCUGCAUUUUUUUAUAAAUAAGAAUCCAUUUUUAAAAUCAGUUUAGGCCCAUGUUUCACUCGCUCAGUUCAUUUCUUUUCACCCCCUGAAGCGAAUAUUUAUUUAUCCAUCUGUAUGUGCCAAGAUAAACGCCACAGCGCUAUUGUCUGAAUAGCAUUUUAAAAACUCCAUUCAAAUGAAACAAUUUUUAAUAAGUUUUGAGGCCAUCUCCGUACAACCAGAGAGAUAUUUUCCAACCCGUUUUGAAAAAGUUCCAUUAUGACAAAUCAAACAUUGCAAGAAUCGGUUUGAGUGGAGAAUUGAUUCUGAAUGGAGUUGUGAGCUGCCCGUCAUUUUUCAUGUGACUUUUGUAGCUGUAUGUGAAAAUGGCGCCGCUGAAGUGUCAGCAGGUUGCAACAGCUCCGUGCUUUUAUGUCUUCCUUAGUUGUUUUUUUUAAUGUUUCCCUUUUGAAUUGAUUAACGUGGACAAGUUGAAAAACUUAUUGGGGUGUUACCAUUUAGUGGUCAAUUGUACGGAAUAUGUACUGUACUGUGCAAUCUACUAAUAAAAGUUUCAGUCAAUCAAUCAAUCAAUCAAUGGUUUUAACCCAAACAAGGUGGCAGAACUUCUGCUUUUAAUACUUUUUGUGGACUUUUUGAAUCUGCACUGCAACAAAAUAAUAAUAGGGGUGCACAAAAAAAUAAUAAUUCACAUCUGAAUCACGAUUUGUACCCUAAAUCCAUUCAUAAUUUUGAUAAAUAUUAUUUUUUAUCAGAAUCAAUUUAAAAUUAAAGCUACAAGCAGCGUUGGUCGGGUCCGCAUUUUGGCAGGUGCUAGUCCUAGGUGUCCCAAUACUUAUGUCCAGUGGUAGUCCUGAGUGAGACCUACACAGAGGUUUUUGUUUCGUGUCUCUACGAUAUUCGUACUGGGAGUUAGAGGAAGUUGUGUAGUGUACUACCUUCUCUGCGUUCUGUGCUCACGCUGGUGCUUUCUGCUUUUAAGCAGCCAUCUUAAAACAACAGCAGCGGAGCAACUUUAGUGCUGCGGGUCUUUGAAGGCUCGUAAAAUCCAAACGGUAGCACUAAAUAAAACGCCGUCCACAACUUUUAAUCAGAAGGGUUCAAUCUCUCUCCUGUAGCAGUUUGAAGCCGAAACGACAAACGCGCUCGGUUUGAUGUUUGGUGACCGGUUUUAACAAAAAUUUUGUUUUGAAGGAGGGGUAUCAAACUUCCUGUUGAUUUUUGCUGAAGGAUGUCAAUCUAAGAAAUGUAGGUCUAGGUAAGACCUACAUAGAGGUAUUUGUUUCAUGUCUCUAAGACGUUCCUACCGGAAGUUACAAGCAGUUUUGUCUGAGUUUUCCUCUGAGAAGCAUUUUUUUCUCUGUUUUAUUCAAAAAUUGCGCUAGAGCGCAAUUUUGAGUUUUGGGGUUCGGUUUUUUUUUUAGAUCGCAAUUUCCAGCAGUCCCGAUGUGUGUGAGAAUUUUGGUGAGUUUUGAAGUAUUUUAAGGGGGUCAAAUUAGAGGUCAAAGAGGCAAAAAUGAGUGUUUUUAGUACAUUUUUGUCUUAAAUGGGAAAUUGCCAACUUCCUGUUGGUUUUUGCCCGAGGAUGUGUCAUUAUGAGUUGUAGGUCUAAGCGAGACCUACAGAGAGGUUUUUGUUUCAUGUCUCUACGACCUUCCUAGUGGGAGUUACAGGCAGUUGGUUUUUGGUUUUUUCCUAGGGGGCGCUAGAGCGCAAUUUUGAUUUUUGGGGUUUGGUUUUUAGACUAAAGUGUGCUGUCACAGUUUGUCUAUGUGUGUGUAAAAUUUGGUGAGUUUUGAAGCAUGUUAAGGGGGGCAAAGUAGUGCGCAACGGUGCGGAAGAAUAAUAAUAAUAAACAUUACAAUUUUAGGUUCCUUUGUACCCUGUAUAAAGGACUCCCUGUGGGAGUCCUUUAUACAGGGUACAGGCGGACCCUAAAAAUACGUUUUUAGGUAAUCUUCAUGCAACCAGAAGCUUUUUCAAACCCGAAACCUCUUUUGUUUCAUUAUAAUUAUUAUAGCAAACAGUACCGGUACAUUGCGAGAAUCUGUUUGAAAAGAAAGUCCAUUCUGAAUCGAAUCGUCACCCCAGGAAUCUGAUUAAUUGGAUUGAAUUGUUCGGGGCCCAAAGAGUCACAACCCAAAUAUUUACUACUUACUAAAUCCUAGUUUUUCAUUGGACUUGUUGCUGUGUGUAAAAAUGUGAAGUGGCAGAAGUAGAGCUCCUUUCAUUCCAUGUGUUUACUAGGGCUGCCAAAAUUAAGGAGUUAACUCAUGUGAUUAAUCACAAAAAAAAAUGGCAUUAAUCAUGAAGACUUGGAUUAAUGAUGUUAUUUACUUUGAGCGUACAAGUGGAGAUCAGAUCAAUGCACACGUCGGUACAAAGAUGAGCGAGGAGGUGGUCUCGCUGGCUAAUUGAUACAUCCUGAAAUAAACUUUAGAUAAAACUCUUGCCAAGUUUUGUGCAAAUACAUGACAUGCAUUCAAGUAAACUGUUCCUGGGUGACAUUCUGACAAUAAAAUGGCUUUU